AUUGGAUUUCUGGUCAAAUCCCGAUGGAAGCGCCGAUUUUAUUCCACUGGAUGCCCUCCCACCCGCCAACGCAGUACUGCCGAAACCCUGCAUUUCUUUUGUGUUACAAAUGAUUUUUCCCCGCAAAUAAUGCAAAUUGUUAGACGAGGCACAAAGGGGCAGGAUUGAACCUUUUAACCAGUGCAGCAAAGACCGAAUAGACAGAUGCUCCCGAAUUUGAAUCUGAGCAAGCGCCGCUUUUGUAUGUCUUCUGGUGAUAUAUCUGGACGUGAGGUUGACGUCGUGGACAGCAGGGACACGGACGUGCGGUCGGUGUGUAUUUAUUAAAGCUCUGGGGUGGACGUUCGGGUCUGGAGCGCCGCGGAUCGAGUGCAGCUUCACAGCGGAGGGAGGCUGGAAGCGCUUUAGCGCAAUGACAAACAUGCAAAGGCCGCCCAGGAGCUGAACUGCGCCGGAACACAUCCCCUCUCACCCCCUUCCAGAGAGACAGCGAGAACAACUCGGGCCCAGGUUGAACGUCUAGUUUUUUUUCCCUAUAUUGAUUUACAUUUCCUGACCAAAACAAAAUCUUAGUGGAUUUUUAUGCAUUUUGCAAGAUCUGGAGAGAACACGCAGCAAGAGCCGCAAAAAAGAGGGAGGAGAGAGAAAGGAUUGUGUGUGUGUGUUUUUUGCCAUUGUGCUGCAGUUGCGAUUGGUAAAGGAGCGGUCAUUUUACCGACCCCGAAUUGAUACUUAAGGGCUUAUUUUUAGAAAAAGAAAUUACAAAAUUGAUAUUCCCUUCGUGUUCGUAAUCCUUGGCACCUAUUUAUGGGAUUCUAAAAAUGACUUCAUUCUGAUGAGCUACACCAAGCAGCAAGCGGGUUUUACUUCUUCGCGUCGACUGCUUUAAAAGCCUCCGGGAGGAAAAAAUAAAUAGAUUACAGCCGGUCGCUGCUGCAGCUCAACUUGCCGAGAGAUGGCUACCCUGCUUCGAAAAAUCGGUCUGAUCCGCUUGCACGACCGAGACACGGACGGGGCAAAGCACCAAGGCUCCCGCAAGGCGAGCAAGAAGAACGGCGGCAAACACUGCAACGCCUCGGGCAACGAGAGUAUCCUGCUGCAGUCCGACCACCACCACCACCAUUACCACAGCAGUAGCCACCACCAGCAGCCGCCGCACAACUCCAAGAGGUGCGAGCAGCUCCCUUCCAAGGACGCCAGCAAGGACAAGCCGCAGCAGCAGCAGACCGGCAGCAAGGUGCCCCCGGGCGGCGGAGGAGGAGGAGGCGGCGGCAGCAGCUCAGUCCCCGGGCAACCCCCCAACAAGCAGCACUGCGCCCAGGUCCGGAGCCGCAGGCUCAUGAAGGAGCUGCAGGACAUCCGCAAGCUGACCGACCACUUCAUCAGCGUGGAGCUGGUGGAGGACAACCUCUUCGAGUGGAACGUCAAGCUGCUGCAAGUUGACAAGGACUCUGCGCUGUGGCAGGACAUGAAGGAGACCAGCACCGAGUGCAUCUUGCUCAACCUCAACUUCCCCGACAACUUCCCCUUCUCGCCGCCCUUCAUGAGGGUGCUGAGCCCCCGGCUGGAGAACGGCUACGUGCUGGACGGCGGGGCGAUCUGCAUGGAGCUGCUGACACCACGAGGCUGGUCCAGCGCCUACACCGUGGAGGCGGUCAUGAGGCAGUUCGCAGCCAGCCUGGUGAAGGGGCAGGGUCGAAUUUGCAGAAAAGUGGGGAAGACAAAGAAAGCCUUCACUCGCAAAGAAGCUGAGGCGACAUUUAAAAGUUUGGUGAAGACGCACGAGAAGUAUGGCUGGGUUACUCCCCCCGUGUCCGAUGGCUGAGCCGCUGAACUCCCAAAGUUUUCAAACCCAAAAAACACUUCCAUCCUCUCAGUGCUGUUUACGAUCCAUUCUUUCUAUUUCAGCUUCAAUUAGACAUGGCAACACAAAGGAAACAUUUACUGUAUUUAUGAAAAGAGAUGUUUACGGAUAAAAGCCUGAAGGGAAUUUGUUUUUUUUUGGGGUGGGGAGGGGAGGGGGGUGGGGGGUAAUGACCUGCUUGUUGCUGGAAUUGAGUUCAUCUGAAUUUGGUUUUCUUCCGCAUCAGGUUUGCAUCAUUCGCCCAUUCUACUACGCUGUAGUUUGCUUCUCUCCAUGCUAAUGAUAAACAGAUGACAUCAUGUAUUUCAUUCCUCACCAUUCUACUAAUUUAAAUUUAAAUGAAGCAGUUAAUAUUUAAUACCCAGGUGGCAGGCAUAGGUUGACAUUUUGCUGUGCUGUUUUUUCACAGGUCAGUUGUCAAUGCAACUUGAAGAUCGUAAUUUGUGUGGAGCUGUGCUCUAUUGUGCUAAAAUUUAAAAUUCUGUCUUGUAGCUGGUUAUUGAUUACUGAAAGUGAACUGUUCUAACUUCAAGUCCAGUGAAAUGAAAGAAGGUGGUUUAACAUGUUUCAGCAUCUUUGCUGAUUGGCACCCCUAUACAUUAUUUAUGAAAGCAGUCUUUAGCAGGGCUAGUCGCACCUGUCAUUCAAACCAACAUCUCAUAGGGUUAACGUGCCAAUGUGGUAAAUAAUGUCACAGUUAGUAGUAGAAUUGUACAUCAAAUGUUUGUGGGAGUAAGGAAAGCAACAUGCUCAUGAUAGAUUGUAGAGGAGUAGAUUUUAAGACACUGCAGAGAUACGAUUCCAAUUCCUGCAUUAAUUCGACGUCUUAAACAAUUCCGAUGUUUCAAUUCCUACUAUAUCUGCAUGUUUAAGGAAUAAGUGGUUGCUAGUUUGCUGAAAGAAUGUUGCUGUCAUUCGUUCUGUGUCAAGAGCUAUUACAUUUUGUCAAGUGGUAAUUGCAUUUGUGUCUUUCUGUUUAAUUUAUUUGUGGUUUGCCAAAUGCAAAACCUUUUGAGCAUGUGACGGGUAUUCUGACUGAAGGGGGAAAACAAAUCUUCGAGAUAACCAAGUUUGAUAGAAGUGUAGUGUGGGGUCAAUCGCACUUACGUACAGUUCUUUAGUGACCAGGUAUUUGGAGAGGCAUGUAAAAGGCAGAGAAAGAAAGAAGAAUGGAUGAAAGUAUCAUAUUGGAUAGAAAAUAAAUGCUCUUUUUAAC